AUGGCUGAUUUCAGGAAGAUGGAUGUCAUCAAUUUCACUGCCUUGCCAAUGGUGCCAGUAGAUGAGCACCUGACUGUCUCAUUCACUGCACGGAAAGCAAUGAAGGAUGCCAUGAGGAAGAAUCUGGAGGACAAUCCACCCUCCUGCUUCACUGGCUCCAUACAGCAGGUGAACAAAGAGAUUGCUGAGACAGAUCUGAGUCCCAACCCAUUGGUGCACAGCCUGGCAAUUGAGAAAUAUGAGAUGGAGAAGAAGGCUUUAAAAGGAAAGAGAAUCAGCAACCCAGAAAAGAGAGAAAGAAAAUCUCAGUGUAUUUGCAAAGGCUCAGAAUCCAAGAUUGUCAAAUCUUUCAUUAUCAAAAGGAAAACAGCAGACAAAAAUUUGCUGGCAGAGCUGUACCAGUAUCCACAGUUUGACGACUCUAAGCCAAACAACCUUCCAAAUGGGGUGGACUUCUGUGACAUGGUGGGCAAUGUGAUCCAGGCUGAGAGAAACCCCCUUAGGGGCAAGUCUUUCUGUUCAGAUAGAGAAUUAGAGCAGUUUCUCUCUUCUCCUUCUGUAAGAGCCAUGUGGCUGGAUAGCUUCUGGUGGAUCUUUCAUGAAAGGUACCAGCCAAAGAAGGAAGUCCAGAGCAAGCUGUUCGACCGGAUAGCCCAGCACUAUGCCUUUCUUUUGUCUCGUGAAUCCAGGUCCCACUAUGAAGAGGCUCUCUUAAAAAGGUUGCCAUCACUUCUGAGUAAAGCCCUGUACACCAGCUUCUGCUGCUGCUUCCCUCAGUCCUGGUUCAGCACUCACGAAUUCAAGUCUGACAUCUGUAACACGAUGAGCCUGUGGAUUUCAGGUAUAUAUCCUUGCCCACACAGCUAUAGUAGCUGGGACUACUCAAAACUGGAUCCAGAGAGAUUCCGGAGAGAAGAAUUAAUGUUGCAGAGAAAAAGACUGCUGAAGGGUAAGGUGCCAGCUAGGGACUUCCUAGUUGUGGCUGGAAAGUUGGAACUGAGCUAGAAGAGGUCGGAGUCCCUAAGGACUUAUCACAGCAGAUCUUCUGAUAUGAAUUCAACCAAUGAGAGAACCUCUUUUGCCCAGAAGAAUUCAAUGGAUGACUCACAAAUACAGAAUACCUCAAAAGAGCAUAAUUAUCAGACUCUGUUCUUGAGGAAAGCAACACAACAAGUCAAAAGGAUAUCAGCAGCAAGAGAACUUGAGAAUAUGCUUCCUAAGCCAUCUUACCCUGCCUGCAAAAGCCCUGAGAUGACUUCAAACCUCUUCAACAUUUAUGGGAAGAGCCCUCUGAUUGUGUACUUCCUCCUGAACUACGCCUCUCUGCAGCAGCCUGGCAAAGAUGUGUUGAUGGUCAGGAGGGAAAAAACCAAGACCAUCCCUGAGUCCACCCUGACAUACGUUGAGGUCAUCAGCCUGACCCUGAGCAACAUGAAGAAGCGGAGGGACGACCUCCACCAGCUGAACCGGCUUCACUAGAGUGAGUGGAAUCAUUUCAGUGCGUACCUGAAGGAGCUGCACAACAACUUCCUCAGGGAGGGGAAGAAUAUUGAUCAAAGAGCAAAAGACAAAAAACAGGCAAACCACAUGUUCAUCCAGCCUUCAACCUUCAUUGAGGACUCCCCUGAAAAGAAAUCUAGAAGAAGCCAUCAGAGGGAGAUUGUUUCUUUUGAGGUUUGUUUGAACGAAGACCAUGGGAAAAGUAGAAAUGUACAGAUGAAGGAAAAAGAGGAGAGGGAAAGAGAAUGGAAACAGAAGUUGAACUACUCUUCCUUCUCACCAUCAAGCCCUGAUGAAUUCUAUUCCCUGGAACUAGGAAGCCCCUACAAAAUCUCUGAUAUUUCCGCUACCAGGUAG